AGAAGGACGAGGGGGGCGCCGAGGAGCGUCUCGUCAUGGCGCGGCCUGCAGCCGCCGGUAAACUUGUUAGGCUCUUGGACCGAAAUGCCCUUUCCGUUCCGCAGAUGACUAAAGCAACGCGGUGGCAGAUCAACAGAAGGUUGUGCACUAAACCUCCAGAAGGCAGUGCUCCAAAGCCUUCGGGCUUCAAACUGCCAGGGCACAAGCCCUCCGAGUGGGACAAGAAGAUUUUGGUCUGGACGGGCCGUUUCAAGAAACCAGAAGACAUACCAGAAACCCUGUCGUUCGAAGUGGUCGAUGUUGCCAGGAACAAGGUCCGCGUGAGGAUAAGCUACCUGAUGAUCGCCUUGACCAUCAUGGGCUGCGUGGCCAUGGUCAUCUCGGGGAAACGGGCUGUUGGAAGACAUGAAUCCCUCACCAGCAUGAAUUUGGAGAAAAAAGCUCGCUUGAGAGAAGAGGCCCAGAGCACCCUGGCCAAGCCCUAACCAAUAACACCGGGGCGCAAGUUGUAGCUUUUUGUGUUUCAGAAACAGGGAAUAAAUUAUUUGCUAACAGCCCCAAAGCUUCGUUCCUUCCCAACGAGGACUUCCGUGUUUUGCUUGUGUUGGGCACCCAUUAAUAGCAUGUAAAGGAAACCGGACUUUCCGUUCACCUAUGAGGCUCUUAACGUUCAAGGCCCUUGUCAAAUGCGUGCUGCCCUGCCCAUGUGGCAGGCCUGCAAAAGGUACCGAAUUGAUCUUGACUGGAGAAAAAUGUAUGUAAAGCUUGUUUUGUAUCAACGAGAAGCAGGGAUGUCUUCACACAGUGUGUUUUCCCUUGUACUUAAUGUAAACACACACCGCGGCAGCAGUAAAGGAGUAUAUAUAUAUAUAUUGCACUAUUGCUUGUUUGUAAGAUUUUAUCUGUAGAAGCCAAAUUUUUUCACAGUAAAUUGCAGUGAUCGAUAGCUGCUUAUUUUGGUGACGGUCUGAAAUUCCCUAAAGCACUUGCCACUGUCCCCGAGGUUUUCAGAAGCCAUCGUUUUAGGAAACGUGGUGCAAAGUGCUGUCAAGUCACAGCUGA